UAUCUGUGAUAGUAAUGUAUAUGAUUCGUCUCACUGUGAUAUUAUUUUAAAGUAAAAGUAUGUUUUAUGACUUACAAGAUAUUGUAGAUAUCAUAAUUAAUUUAUAGAUCAGACCAGUUUGGUGUCAUCUGUAAAUAUUGUUCACUCGAGCCUAUUCCCAUAGAAUGGGUUUCAUCAUUGGACAAUUCGUGCAUUGCAUGGUAACUCCUGAAUAAACGUCUUGUCGAGAACCCAAACAGGUGUUCCUGUUAUUACUUAAGGGAAAGAGAAACCUGUUACAAUAUCGACAUUCAAUAGCUAGAGAACACAAUUCCAAAGUUUAAUCGCAUAGAUAGAAUUCCGGAGAAAACAUAUUCGUCAACCGACGUUGUGCCUAGUGCUGUGAGAAGUACGAGUGAUCAACCGUAACAAUGUAAAUACUCGGUCAUUUCUGCGAGAUAAAAAUAACUCGCGGAAAUGAUCGAGUAUUCUACUUUCGGUUUCGAAUUUGAUUCAAAGAAGUCCUAGUUGUUGAUUUUCCUAAACUUGGAAUGGGAAAAUACAAGGAAUAAGGUUAUUAAGAAGAUGGGAACGGUGGAUGAUGGGAAGGAGAACGAUUUACUGGGACAAGAUAAUGUCAAACCCGCUGUUAAUACUGACAAUACAACAAACGAGCCUGAUGAUCAAAACCAAGUUCCGGCAGUUGACCAAAACAAGCAAGACGGUGAACAAAAUAAUGAAAAGGAUGGAAAGAAACAAGAGCGCCCUACAAAAGGAAGAUCAAGGGCCGUGGAUGAAUAUACUAUUAAUUUAUACUACCUGCAGGAUGCCGACUCGGCCCGCGACGUGAUGAGGUCACAUGCUCCAAAGUAUGCAAGGAUAUUGGAUGAAAAGAGAAUAUCUGACGGUGAGGAACAUCCGUAUGGAGAUUUUAUCCACUCAUACAAUGUAUGUAUUCAAACAAAUGGAGCCCUGGGGGCACGAAAAGUCGAAUCUGACUUGUAUAACCUGUGGUUUGAUAAAAGGCCAGCAAAUGAGGUUCACUGUUGGUUGGAGAUCCGAAAAAGUAACAUGCGAGGUUAUGACCCCAACCAGUCAUCAAUUACAGCAAUAGAGGGCAUAUCCUUCUGUGGUGGUUCCAUGUUGUCACCAGUGAAAUUUUCUAAACACUGGGAUAUGAAAUCCAGCAAUAAAGUUGUGUUUGAAAAUGACAAACAACUUUUAUCCAUAGAGAGCGUGGUACCAAAUGGACUUUACUCCGACGUUAUAGAGAUUCCAUAUAGUUCAAUGCAUGAUGGUAUCGUAGCACACUUACAAAAACAAUCUACAGCACUGUUUGUCAAUGUGAAAUCAAACCCAAAGAUAUUCAAGAGAAAAGACAUAGACAACACCAGAGCAGACGAAAAGCGGGAUGUUUGUUUCCAGGGAAUCAGCCGAGAAGAGUUUGGAAGGUGUAGUAGCUUUUGUAUUGAGUUGCCUGGAAAUAUACUCAACAAUGCGGAUUCAAAGACACCGCCAGCCUGGCAAGUUGUUUCUAGAUUGAAGCGCCAGGGGUUCGUUGUAGUUUAUGCCGAUGUUACAGUAUUACCUCACAAUCCUACCUACUUCCAGUCCCCGUUUGAAGAUUUUAACAUGGAAUAUGCAUGGAUGUGCCUUGUGUCUCAGGGUUUUAAAGUUACUGAUCACUUCAAUGAAGAAAAUAUAUUACUUGUACGACGUUCAAUGAAUUGUCUGAUUCCAGAGACUCUCUAUCGCUUUGCAGCCACAGCAAGCGAACAGCCAUUUAUUCACUUUGCGCAUAUGAUAUCAACUCAAGUGAACGAUAAAAAACAGACCAGAGAAGAAGCGGAAGAUUUGCCACCAGGUUAUUCAAUGAUCCGUCGUAUGGUUUUGACGCCAACAAAACAUGUAUUUUUCCCGAAGGAACCAAUUGUUCAGAAUCGCAUCAUUCGACAAUAUGAAGAGGAGUAUUUCGUAAGAAUUGUUUUUCGUGAUGAAGAUUAUGAAAGAGUGAGUGCCGUUCAGCCCAAUGCUCUUGAUUCAAUAAUUGACGCCAUGAAAAACAUUUUGCGAGCAGGUUUUCAAAUUCUUGAUCGUAAUUACGAAUUUUUAGGAUGCUCUAACAGCCAACUGCGAGAGCAUGGGUUUUGGUUUUUUUGCCCAAACAAUGGCAUUUCAGCACAGCUAAUCCGUGAUCGAAGUGGCGACAUUUCAAGGGAGAGAUGUGUAGCGUCAUAUGUAUCACGCUUUGGACUGUGUUUUUCCGCCUCUCGUGAUACGGUGGACGUCGGUGUGAAUCCUGGAGAAGUGGUGAAAGAAAAAGAUAUCGAAAGAAAUGGUUAUUGUUUUUCUGAUGGCAUCGGGAAAAUAUCGCCGUAUCUUGCAAAUCAGGUAAAAAAUGCUCUUCAAUUAAAUGUGGAACCCUCUGCUUUUCAAAUUCGAUAUGGAGGAUGCAAAGGGGUUGUUUCACAGGAUCCAAAUCUGAGUGAAGACUGUAGCAUCCUUGUUAUUCGAAAAAGCAUGGACAAAUUUACAUCGACGUCGAGAAAUCUCGAGAUUUUGCAAGUAACUAAUCCAGGAAGACUUCAUCUAAACAGACAAGUAAUCACACUUCUUUCUGGGCUUGGUGUCCCAGAUAAAGUUUUCUUGUCACUUCAAGAAGACAUGCUCUUUAGCUUGGCAGACAUGAUGCUUUAUGACAAGGAGGCACUAAAAGCGCUCUCAGGGUUAUCAAUUAAUAUCAAGUUCAAGAAACUUCAAAAGAGAGGAAUCGUCUUUAUCAGAGAACCAUUCUUCAGAUCCAUGUUGAUAACAAUCUAUAAGAGCAAAGUUCGGGAUUUGAUGCGUCGCGCACGAAUCCAGUUACCUUUUGAAAAUGGUCGUAUUAUGAUGGGGACCAUAGAUGAAACUCGGACGUUAGAAUAUGGACAGGUUUUCGUUCAGUAUUCAUGCGUUCCUGGACAACAACAGAAAGAUUCAAUUGUGCUCACGGGACCAGUUGUGGUUACUAAAAAUCCUUGUUUUCAUCCCGGAGAUCUCCGUAAAUAUGAAGCCGUCGAUGUCCCAGACUUACACCAUAUGUUCGAUUGCAUUGUGUUCCCACAGAAAGGCCACCGACCUCAUCCUGAUGAAAUGUCAGGUUCUGAUCUAGAUGGCGAUAUGUAUUUUGUAUGUUGGGACGACCAAUUGUGCAACGUCAUUGAAAAUCAAGCACCCAUGGACUUUACUAAAUCUGAAAAAAUUAAAUUAGAUCACGACGUCAUGGUUGAUGAUAUCAUAGAAUUUCUUGGUGACUAUAUCAAGAACGACAAUCUAGGUAUUAUUGCCAAUGCCCAUGUUGUUCACGCUGAUAGAGGGGAUGUUUUCACCGACGCCUGCAAGCGACUUGCUAAAAUGCAUUCAGAUGCCGUUGAUUUCCCCAAAACCGGAAUUCCAGCUAAAAUGAACAAAGAUCUGAAGGUGGAUAAUUAUCCAGAUUUUAUGCAAAAGACAGAUAAGCCACAAUAUAUGUCCAAGAAGGUACUUGGAAAAUUAUUUCGUCAAUGUCGCGCACUCGAGCAAGCUCAGACAAGGAAAAUGGACAAGCAAAACAUUAUACGGAAUUUAAGAAUUGAUGAGGACUUCAUCCUGAUCGGGUGGGAAAAGUAUGAAGAAGACGCAGUGAUAACUAGAAACUCCUACAAUGAUAAACUGAAACAACUUUUAACUUUAUAUGGUAUUGAAAAUGAAACUGAAGUCAUUUCUGGUAUCAUUAGAAGACUAAGGCCAAACAGAGGAUGUCUUAACAAUGAGAAAUAUGAAAUAGGGCAAAUAGUGAAAGCAAAAAUGUCGGUAGUGAGAAAGAGAACAAGGGAACGGUUUUUUCAAGAGUUUGGAGGCGAGUCCAAUAUUGACUUAGAACAUAUAGGAAAAGAGGUAUUGUUGAAAGCAUCAGCAUGGUAUCAAAUUACUUACCAUCAGAGCCCAGACAAUCCUGAACCUUUGUUGAGUUUUCCUUGGGUUAUUGCGGAUGUUUUGGCUUUGCUUAAAGGUGAUAAACUUCAGAAAAGAACAGAGACCAUUACUAAAGAUGUCACCGAAGAAAACGAACAGUUUGAAGACAACCUGUUUGACAUUGGAUCAUCUAUAGUUCGUCGAUUUUUCUUUACCAAGGGUCAAAGGCAGUUAACUUUGAAUAAUUUAAAACUUGUUGCAAACUUUGUAUUGGGCCUUCUUGCUCCUGUUAAAGGGGCAUCUUUCAUUCCCGUUGGAACAUCCAUAGUAGGACUUAUGAAAACAGAUGAAGUAACACUAGAUAUCUAUAUGGAUUCAAAACAAAACAGAAAACCUGUAUUUGAUUUUAUUCAAAAUUUGCUUUAUAAAGAAAAUAUUAAGAUCACAGAACGCGGUCCUUGUCCUAGAUACAGUGUCAGACUCGGUGACAAUUUAUAUUUUGUCAGAUUUUCAACAGACGUAAAUGUUUUGCGGAGAUCUGUAUUUCUCAAAACUUUCAUUGAAGAAAACAAAGAGAUUGUCCCGGCUAUUUCGUUCCUUUUAGAUUGGGGAAGAAGAACUUUCGUUGUUUCUCCAACUAGAUCGGGACAUAUUUUUGAUGAAAUUACUUUUGCGAUGGUCGUCAGCGGAUGUGUUUUAAAAUUGAAGGAUCUUCCAAAGCACAAACUUUCACACCCAAAGAUCGUAGGGACAGGUGUUAUCAGUGCUGAAACAAUGCACAUGAUCGAAGUCGAUGAUAUUCCUGCAAGUAAAACCAAAACUCUAGCAAAAAUCGUCAUGCAGUUUUUCAAAGAUUAUAGGUCUAUACUAGCUGAAAAUGUCGAGAAAGGGAUAAUUCAGUUUAUCCCGGACCCAUCCCAUAAAAACGAAAACAAAAAUCUCUUGAAACAUCCGCUAAGUCAAAAUAAUACAACUUCAUUGCUGAAUGAAAUGCUUUGUGGCUAUCAACAAAUAGCAGAAAAAAAUAGCAUCGAUUCCUUUUUUGGGCAUGUUGAAUUUGAUGAAGGUCACCUGGUGUUAAAUCUUCCACUUGAUACUUGGGAUUCCCUUUUCUUUGCCGAGGCUUAUAUUGAGAGACAACUGUCUCGGGCAACACGAGCAGACAUCAACAUUCGGAGAACAAAUUUUAGAGAAACGAAAGGGAUUAUUUUAGAAGCAUGGGGAAGCUCCGAACAACUUUGGAAUGUGAACAAAUCAUUACAAGACCUAGGCGAGAAAUCUUCAAAGUUUGUUUCGACGCUUGCAAGAGAUAGAGCAUUCAUUGAAGGAGCUUAUGUGACUUUCUUUGAAGGCAGCAGAUCGAAAAGUGACAUAUUAGAUUUUCAACAUUAUACCGGAAAAAUACAAGAAGACCACAAGCAUAGAGGCCCCGCACAUCUUCCAUGCUUGCUCAGCGUUUCAAGGAACGUCGAUCCAUCAUUAGAACAUGUUUACGAUAAUGAUCCAGAUUGUCAAGAAUUUCAACGUGCAUUUUUAGAGCAACUACAUGUUGUCAGAGAAAACUAUGAUGUUACCUAUCAUGGCGUCCUUCGUUUGGCAAUUACAUUCGGUAAAGUGUAUUUAGUAGAUGUAGACGUAGGUCAGAUGACAAUUAAAGAUUUGCAAGAAAAACUUCAUCGGAAACAUUUCAUCGAAAGGAAAGAAUAUCACUUAUACCAGAGGGUUCGGGGUCGUGGCAGAGGACGAGGGCGACGAAGAGGGGAAAGCUACAGUAAACUUCGAAACAACUUCCCUCCGAGACGAAGGAAAAUUAGCAGUUCAUUUAUUCCAUGUAAUUGUGAUCCCAGAAAAGUUGAAGAGUUUCUCGAAGAGAUGGGAUUCAAAAAGGCUGGAAAGGAAAAGAAGUAUCACGUUAGUGUAGGAACUGGCGAAGCCGAUUUCGGUAAACCUCAUACUGGUCUCUGUGUCCUAGAUCGAGACUUUCGCUUCAUCCAUUUCCGUUUAUCAGAUCUUAAAUGGCUAGCUGGCGACAUCGUUCGACUAAAGAACGACGAGAAUAAGGAUAUUUUAGAUGUACGAUGCAAGCUGCAGUCAAGGAGAAUUCUUGAUGUGGAAUCUGUGCGGCAAAUGAGUGACAUAAAGGGUCUUCUUGAUGAGAAUUUCCGUUUGGUGGAAGUGUACGGCAAUGGUCUUCGUGUUUCUCCCGAUUUCAAAGACAGGGUGUCAUUUCUUCGAGAAAAACAAGUUAACUCAUAUUCUUACCCAGAUUUGUCUGAUGAGCAGGGCAUCUGGCACAAUAUGAAAAUAGAUGUGGCGACCGUGAAAGAACAUUCCGGAUACAACAGCAUCACCGGGACGUUUUCUGACACAGUCGAGAGAACAGAGGUUACAAUGCUUCCCAAACUCCCAGAUCUCAGUUCUAAUGAUGACGAGUUGAAGACAUAUGCAAGAAAAACAUGGAAUCUUGCUUUGUAUAUUGGUCACAGAUUUGAGUAAUACGAUUUCGUGGCUUAUUUCAUACUGUGUUGUGUUAUUUUAGAAUAACGAACAUCUGCCAUUGCACAGUCGCCUGUAAAUAUUCAUAUAUACUGCUACUAUAGAUGUAGAUUGAUUUGAUCUGAUGUAUGUUUAAUUGUUUGCGAUAAAAUUGUGCAAAUUGUUACAUGUAUCGGUAACAAGUGUUAUAAUGGGCGUUGUAGAAUUUUUUUUCUUUUCAUAUCGUUAUGGUAUAAAGAUGCAUCUAACGCAUUUUAUUAUUGUUUAGUAUGCUUUGCCAUUGGUAUUUUGCGUGUGAAUGGAGGAAGCUAUCUUUCAACACAAAUCCAUUAGCAUGACAAGGUUAUUUAGAGGGACAUUGGUUCACUCUAUUCGUAAUUUGCAAGAUUAUACACAAUACCGCUAUGUGUGCAUAUGUAAUAUUUUUUAAACAAAGACAGGCUUUGGAUUUUGAGUCUGGAUUUAGUCAUGAUUUAAUUUGGUGGAAGGAGUGCUCACAGUCUUGUCAGAGGUUCAUAAUCUCCCAUGAAGCGCUCUUUCACAUGGGCUGUUUCAAAUAGCAAAUAAUUCAUUCUGCUAUCUUUUCCAGUUUGGAUCUUUGGUAAUUAAAAUUAUCCGAAACUGUGCAAUUGUCUGAAUGUUACAUGUGUAUGCUGUACAUGUUUAUGUCUUUUGAAUUAAACGCUCAAACUAUUCAUUUACAUAGUCUAAUCAAUACGUGUUAGGAAUUUAAAUCAAACCUUGCUCAUUCUGACGAUUGAAUAUAGUUAUUCACAGUAGUCCGUCAUCGUGAUAGUUUGCAGACCACUUAGGAAUUCAUCACAUGACUCAUUAUUUUAUACUUAUAGUAUCUCUUGUAAAGGUUAGCCAAACGUCCAGACUUUGUCGUGUCCGAAGUUAAAUGUCGCACUCUUAGUAAAAGUUUGGAUUGAUUUGUAUGCAAUGUUAGUGAUCAAGAUUAGAUUUAUUGUGGUUCAUAAUUUAAAGAUGUGCUGGACAGAAAUGUCAAAAACCAUUUUCAGCUAUUUUGUAAUAUUUAUAUUCUUUCUAUGUGGUUUUAAAAGAAUGAAAUGAUUGUAUGGUUUGUAUGUAUAUUAAAAUAUGCGUCAUUGACCUGUCAGUCUAUUGUCAUUUGUUGAUGGUCUUAAUCUUUUCCACAAACAUUCAUCAAUUUUACACUGAGAUAUAUGGUUUCAGCAGCUAAAAUGCUUAGUACUGAAAUUUUAAGACAAUUAAUUGACAAUUUGAAGACAAAAUGGUAUAUCAAGGACUUUACACUGUGACCCGAGAAAACAUUGCUAACGGCGAGUGUGACCAAUCGACAGGGGAUGCUUACUCCUCCUAGGCACCUGAUCCCACCUCUGGUAACCUUAACGUGACGUGAUAUUACAGGGGAUGCUUACUCCUCCUAGGCACUGAUCCCACGUCUGGUAUCUUCAGGAGUCCGUGUCUGCCCAUCUCUUAAUUUUGUAUUCCUUAUAUGUAUGCGUUUGAUCACUGUUCGUUAUCUUCGCCUUUCUUAACUCCAAUUCUAUGAAAUUUAUUGUCUCUUAUAUAAAACAUUUAAUUUCUUUAAAAUGAAUCUUAAAACAAUAUAGCUGCAGACGAAAACAGUUCUUGUGGUGUUACAAGACGUUCUUGGGGGAGAUUUGAAUUUUGUAAGAAAGAAUAACUCUUUGUUAUUUUAUUUUGAACCCGCCUUUUAGUAGAUUUGAACAUAUUCUAUCGUGUAACAAGUUUGAUGUGGAUUAGACUUGAAUCGCAUACUUAUUGCCUAUACAACAUGUCAUUUAUGUUUAUAACACUUUCUAUUUAUGUUGGAAGACAUUUAAAAUUGUAUACAGUCAAUAUUUCGAUGUUUUACAUGUUUGCCUUUCACUGUUCUAUGUAAUUCAUUAUACCCACCAUGUUGUCAGUCUUUACGAACGUUGUUUGCUUUCUGUAAUUUCAUUGGCUAAGAGGCUUAAUGCUGGCUUAUCAAAUUGAGUGUGUAUUUUUAGCAUUUUAUUGCUUUGUCAGACUUGCAUGUAUAUAAGGCGUGACACACGGGAGAUUCACACACACUUUCUCUGUGAUAGACUCAAGAACUUGGGUUCAGGCUUUUCAAAGAACUGUGUGUUCGAUUCUUUUGCUUACGUAGAGCAGGGUUUCUCAACACGCAGUAUGUAAAACUAACAUAGAGUUAGGAAACAACACUUUAGGAGUUUUCUUGACAAAAUGUAAAUAUCCUAGCAGUGAGAGUUUUACGUUGGUUCAUAGUAGAAUUAGCUAUCUCUUACCUGAAUAUUUUUCAUAGUUAGUACUUAUAUAUCUAGGCUACCUCAAUAUUUAUAUUUAGCCUAAAACUGUAUUACUUUGAGGUGUGUAGGGAACGCUGGUGUAGUAAACUAUGUUUUUCAUUGUGUAUGGAAGCUCGUUAGUAUCCUAACUUUAGAUUUCUUUUAUUACUACGGUACAUAUUUUUCGUAACUCCGGUCUUUUAUUUCGGGUAAAUUUUACAUUCCUCUCAGGAUAUAUUCGUUCAUUUUCAUUGGAAAACUUAUUAUUUGUUAUUAAAUAAUCUUAAACUAUAUUUACUUAUACUAAAAUAAAUGUGUAAAUUUUA